UGGUAUCCCCUGCGCCACCCGAACGUGUUGCCAUUGUAUGGUGCUUGUCACAUCUCGACACCGAGGCUGUUGUUGUUCUUGGACGCUGCUCACGGCCUUGCCUACCUUCACAGCCGGGCAGUUCCAAUUGUACACGCGAAUCUCAAGUGCUCAAACCUCCUGGUGAUGGCGGAUGGCACGGGCGUUGUGUCCGACUUCGAAUACGCCUUUGCGAGAGCGAGCUCCAACAUGAGCGCUCAGGAACAGUCAUCUUCAAUGAGGUGGAAAGCCCCCGAGUGUCUUGAGUUUGGCAAUGCUGCGGUCAAGUCGGGCGCCAACGCUCGGGUCGAAUCGGACGUUUAUUCCUUAGGAAUGUGCGUGUACGAGGCGUUGACGGGACACGAGCCGUUCCAUGAAUUGAAUGACGUCGAUUUCCUCGUGGCUGUGGAAAAUGACAAAAAGAUGCCUCCACGCCCCGACGGCGUCUGCUCUGACGACGAGUGGAGCCUCAUCCAGGCCAUGUGCGCUCACAAGUUCCAAGACCGC